CUUCUCUCACCUCAUCCAUGGGCUCGCCGGCCAACACUUGCAAUCCCACUGCCACGCGACAUCGCCCAAAUGCGAUGCAUUGACGACUUUGACAUCCACAGGGAGCCCUACGAUUCGAUCCAUCAUCGUUGACGAGAAACGACAUACCUUCCCUGUGCGGAAAGACAUCGACGGCCCCUCGGGCCUUGAGGGUUCUCGACAGACUCACCCUGGAUAUGUGCAGAGCUGCUAAGCGUCGUGCUCAUAUCUCCUAACGCCCUCAUGGAUCCCUCAGACGAAAAAUCACAGCUGUCGGAGCCCCAAAGCCCCAGGGUGCCCGACCUAUCCGAGACGGAUCCGAAUCGGGGGGGCCGUCGCCGGCGACGGCGGCUGGCAACCGUGUACGACGCUGUGGCAGGCCAGGUGUCUGUCCGUCAAGUCUUCCAAGACGAAGGGGAGAAGCACGCGAACCAACAGCAGGCGGGGAUCGCGGCGAGUCGCCGCCCAACGGCAUCCGCGACGUCAGCCGCCAACAGCGUCAGACACCCAACCCGGCGCGUCCCUAUUGGGCCUGACGAGGUGCUCUUUCGGCGACGGGACGCGCCGCAGCGCUACGCCGAGUACGACGUGUAUGCCGCCCACGAGCGGGACCUGCCUCGCGGCGGCCGCGGUGUUCUUCCGGAAAGCGACCUUCUCAAGGCUAUUCACACGUAUACCAGCAGGUACUACGGGGCUAUGCAGCGCGGUCGUGCUCAACGCCAGCGUGGGCAGGCGCCGCAACCUAGGAUGCCGCGCCACGGCGUUGAUGAGCGCAGCAUGGACGAGACGGCCCUGUUGGCCUUUGGAAUCUUGCUCGAGGAAGCUGGGCGUGCGAUACUCGGCCAACGUGGCGACUUAGUCUUCACCGAGGGCGAGGGCGUGGGUAUGCCGGAAUACCAGCGUGCCGCAAUGAAUUUGGCAACCGGAGAUGAGGUGGCGUUUUCUGAUGACGGAGUGACCGGCGACAACAGGAGUCGGGGCAUCUCUGUACCUGCGCCAGUCGCGACUGUUGGAUAUCAAGAAGCCGGGUCAUGGAAGAGGUCCAACAGAGGCCCCAAGAGGCGAAAGGUAUCCAACCAGGAGCAGUCCGAUGGUGACGACAACCAAAAAAGCAGGGGGUAUCUCGACAUUGGCGGCGCCGGGUAUCACGGAUUACACCCCGCCGAGGACGCUCGCGCAGGCUAGGUCGGGCGGACUCUCGGCUACUGCUUGAGACAAAUGGCGAACAACCGUUUACCCCGUCACCAAGUCUUUACGAGAUUGCGUAGUGACGGGGUCCGCGUACAGCGUGCUUCUCGUGAGGCCAGAGAUAGUCUCCGGCUGGCCCACGAAGCUUUGACCACGCAGCGGCCCAAUUCGCUCGGGUGGCCACGAGGACGCGACGACAUGGGGGCGUCAAACGAGGGAAACGCGGGCUGCCCCUGAGGUGUGAGUGGGCGGUCCCCUCUCUGGCCUUUGGCCUUGUCAUCCAGGAGACAGGUCUGGAAAUCGUCGAGUGGCGCUGUCAUGCCGCGAUUUCUCAGACCUUCGAGCCCUCCAACAGGCGUUUUGUGAUCCAACGGUUUCCGUGGCAGUUCUCGACCAGAUGGGAGAUGGGUUUGGACGAAAGGAACCAGCCUCUCUGCUUGUCCCAUGGCGUUGUCCCACAGCAGGGCUCCCAUCCUGGCUCCUCUUUCCCCCCCCCCCCGAUACUUGGAACGAGAACCAUCUUUGAGCAUCCGGGAUCGUUGUCUCAGACCCUGCAUUGAUUCUGGAUGCAACCCCGAGGCAAGCCCUGGACGGGGAACACACUUAUCGAACGACAUCCCGGGCCGCCUCUACGGGAACGGAUGGCUGUUGGGACGUCUCGUGAAGGGCUCUUGAUAAAAGGGAAAGGGGGGUGUGGACGCAAGGGGGUUGAUGAGGGUCAAGCAUGUUCCAGAAGCACGUUCCGACGACGACCAAUGGCUACGGAAAUGGACAGAAUGCCUCCCGCGUCGCACGCAAUGUCAUCGACAAGGCGGUAAGCAUCCAGAACGCACGGCUUCGUCGCCCCAACAGACAUGGCUCCCCGGCAGAGGUCGUAAAGGGGGAACCCUCAACAACCUCGUCAAGCUUGGGCCGUCUAAACUCGGGCCCAGCAACGCACGUCAGCCGUCUCGAAUAGACUACACAGCGAACGACUCAAUCUAGAAAACCCGCGAAGCAGACCCCCCUACACCCACCCUUAUUUUGGCCCCCGUACUCGGCAAGGCCUUGGGGGCCUGUUGUCGCGUGGGCGUCGGUGGGUGAAAUGGGCUAUCCGUGUCCCGCUGCCGAAGGGCCUGAGUCCCAUGCAGUGGCAGGGCCUCAUCACACUCGGGUCUCGCUGCUUUCGCGCAAAGCGAUCCAACGGAUAGACCGAGGGACUGGGCUGACUACCAACACGAGACGCCAACUCGUCUGGGCGCGUGCGGACGUGACGAGAGUUCAAGGGCAAUAUGCCUACCCUACAUACAGGCCUAUCCGAUCCCGGACACAUCCAUGCGGCACGGGACUUCAGCGGUGGUCGUAGGGGUUGGAGCUUCCCAACGGUGAGACGAGCCCGGCGGCCCGUCGCACAUCAAAACCACGCCUCCGGUGAGACGCUCUCCCGUCCACAGCAUGCAUGCACCCGCAGCCAGCAUCUCACAGCCUGUGCCUGCACCAUGCAGCCACACAGCGUCUGGCCCCGCGAGCACUCAGUCGUCGCUCCUGCGCGCGCACUUGUCAUGCGGUAACACAAAGCGUGCAGACCGGAGGGUCCUGACGUAGCAUAGCAGGUUGAGGACCCAAGGAAAGCGAAGGCACACGUGCAGGAGAUUAAUAACCCC